GCUAGUGUGGCAGCUGGGAAUGUGACGGUUCCAGCACAGACCGCUAUUUUCAGGGACUGGCAACAGUAGCGGGGCUGGCCAGGAAGAGGCUCAUCGCACAGCUAUAAUCUAGCCAGCACACAGGCUUGAACUGAAGUCCAAACGGGCGACCUGCGUUUUCUGCCCGGAGAGUCGGUGUGUUCUCGGACCGCAUCAGGUCAACGGACGGCCGUUGGUGGCUCACUGCGGGGCUUGCAUGCUAGAGGGAACCAGCCGGAGCACCGUGUUUGCUCCCCCACCGGUCUGCGUACGUACACUGACACCUUACCUCCCGCCUGGUGAGUCGGGUUAAAAAUGCAGUGAAGUGUCACCGGUUUAGUGAGUGUAAUCUUUAAUUACCCCGGUUAAAUGUGCCUGUUUCGCCGCUACCAAAGCACCCAAGCCAACGACGAUGGACUGAAAUCUGCGGCGGGCGCGAGCGACACACAACCUGCCGCGGUUUCCUGCAUGUAAACAAAUAAAUGAUAGAGGAUACAAUGACCCUGCUGUCUCUGUUAGGUCGGAUCAUGCGUUAUUUUCUGCUCAGACCGGAGACCUUGUUCCUGCUGUGUAUCAGCCUGGCUCUGUGGAGUUACUUCUUCCACACGGACGAAGUGAAGACCAUCGUCAAGUCCAGCCGGGAUGCGGUCAAGAUGGUCAAGGGGAAAGUGGCGGAGAUGAUGCAGAACGAGCGGUUCGGCGGGCUGGACGUCCUGGACGCGGAGUUCUCCAAGACCUGGGAGUUCAAGAGCAACAACGUGGCCGUGUACUCCAUCCAAGGCCGGCGAGAUCACAUGGAGGACAGGUUCGGGGUGCUCACGGACAUCGUCAACAGGAGUCACCCGUCUAUAUUUGGGGUUUUUGAUGGCCAUGGAGGAGAGGCCGCUGCUGAGUUUGCCAAGGCCCACCUGCCCGAGGCUCUGCGCCAGCAGCUACUGACCUACGAGCGGGAGAAAGAGCGGGACAGAGAAAAAGACAAGGAGAAAGAUGAGAAAAAGGAGCGGAGCGGCCUGUCCUAUCCUUCCAUCCUAGAGCAGCAGAUCCUGGCUUUGGACAGAGAAAUGCUGGACAAGCUCUCUGCCACUUACAAUGAAGCAGGUACUACGUGUCUGGUGGCCCUGCUGUCUGAUAAGCAGCUGACGGUGGCCAACGUCGGAGACUCACGUGGAGUCCUUUGUGAUAAAGAUGGCAACGCCAUUCCUCUAUCUCAUGACCACAAACCUUACCAACUCAAAGAGCGCAAGAGGAUCAAGAAGGCAGGAGGGUUCAUCAGCUUUAAUGGUUCGUGGCGUGUCCAGGGCAUCUUGGCCAUGUCCCGUUCUCUGGGCGAUUACCCCCUGAAGAACCUCAACGUGGUCAUUCCUGAUCCCGACAUCAUGUCGUUUGACCUGAACAAGCUCCAGCCUCAGUUCAUGAUCUUGGCAUCGGACGGCCUGUGGGACACCUUCAGCAACGAGGAGGCGGUUCGCUUCAUCAGGGAGCGACUGGAUGAGCCUCAUUUUGGCGCUAAGAGCAUCGUGCUCCAGUCCUUUUAUCGCGGUUGCCCUGACAACAUCACCGUCAUGGUGGUCAAGUUUAAGGGAAAGGCCAGCGAGCAGUAGACCACACACAGUAUCUGUAUUAAGUUUGAAUAAAAGUAAGAUAAAAUAAGAUUAAGAUGAAAGAUUUAAAAACCGAGCCCGCCACUUUUUGAGCGAGGACUAUUUCUAUCACAGAUAUUUACAGAAGUUAGCCCUUCAGUGCAUCAAAUCACACUCCACCCCCCCUUCCUCUACUUUUACUGCUGAAAAACUGAAUUAAAAAAAAAUGUCUUUCAUUUAGGCUUAGCCAUAUUGUUCAGACACCGUGAUGCGAGUUGGGUCACUGUUAUGCAAAUAAACAGAUUUAGCUCUGUGCAGCUGUCAAUACGCCCAUAAGUCUGCACAUAUUUGUGUGUGUGUGUGUGUGUGUGUGUGACAGAUGUGUGUCUUUGUGUGUUAAACUUGCACACAAGUGUCAUAUUAACAACCAAUCCAUUGUCUAGCCAAUAAUGAGAAAUUUAAAGUAUACAAGAUAGCAUGGACUUCCAUUUCCACAUGAGUUCAAGCGUGCUGGCUUUCACUCAAUGUCUAUGUGACCACUAAUUUUAUACUUUUAGUUUCCUAACUCUGUGUUUCCACAUCAUUUAAUUGUAUUUACAUCUACCAAGUGUCUGCACUGUCGUUUAACAGGUCGGCAGGUUGUUUUUUCCAGGAUCAAAUACAUAUCUCUGGUGCAAAUCAUGAAUUUAGUCCCUUUAUACAUGAACAACACAAAUGACAAUAUGCAUAUGCUUGCUCAGAUAUCACCAUUCAUAUUGUACAGCGAGAGAACUUGUCAUGUCAUAUCACACUUGCUGAACGUGGCGACUCUCGACUGUUUUAUCUUGAGUUGCCCCAUUUUCUAAGUUUAUCUGUUGAAUGUCUUAGUUCACUGAAAAUGAUUGCUGUUAGUUUCUAUGCUGAUAAAAUCUUGUUUCUGUUUUGAUUGUUGAUACUUUUUAAGACUUUUUAAAGCCGAGUUAUUUCGAUCUGUUACUCAGCCCCAACUUAUCAGCAUCCAUGUCCCUACUGAUAAUAUAAUACAUGUUGGGUAAUGCAGUAGAUUGUCAAAGUGUAACCAGAUCUCACUUUAAAUGGGUGGAAAAUGUAAAAAUCUAAAGCAAUACCCUCUCAUGGUUAGCAGUGAGGAGUUAUAUUGAGAAGGUGCAACAUCUCAAUAUGACACUGAACCGCUAAUUAUUAAUUUGUGAGGUUUAUCACAUGUUAUCUGAUGAUGUAAUAACAUUGAGUAUUCAUUUUAACAUGUAAGAAGGUGAAUGAGUUACAUAUGAUGAUAGAAAAUUGGCAGUUAUGAUUUUAAUAUUAUUAUAUGAUUCAGGAAUUUGCAUUGCCAUUUAAGAUGUACAGCCCUUUUAAUAUUUUUUUGCAUAUACUAUUGCUUAAUCUGACUUUUCUUACAUUAUCAUGCACUACAGUCUACAUGAGCUAUAUAAAUAUACUGGAAUUUACACCUUACUGUUACAAUGCCAUCUGUUAAUGUCACCUUCUAUAAGAGAAAAGCCCUUCAUCCUGAUACAGAUCAUAUAUCGCAUUUCUCUGAACUGUAACUCAAAAUGUAACAAGCCUUUGAAUGAAAUGUGUUAUUGUUGCCUUAUUUUUUUAACUGUUCAUUUCCUGUUACGAAGUCUGCUGCCACAAUGACGUCUCGGGUUUUAAUGUAACGCAGUCAAUCAUACCGCGCACGCUGCACGGCCUCAGUGCCACAACUUGUUAACUCACAUGUAGAGUAGCAUCAAUGAGAGAAAGUCUCCGGGAGACAUGAGGUUGUAAGAUGAAUGUACAUACUGUCCUCAUGUUAGUAUCAGCCCUCCACUGUUUAUACAGCAAUGAAGAGAGCAACGCGCCUGUUCCUGGAUUGUUAAACUUCAGACAUAUAUAAGAGAUCAAACUGUUUGUGCUUUUUCAGUUCAGAUUCUUCCUUGAUGAUGUGUGUGACAGAAUGUUUAUGUGGCAUUUGUACUUGUUUUUGUUGACUUUAAUAAACUGUAAAAGCAAAAAAAAAGAAUUCUGAAAUUUAAAAUGUAAAUCAAAAAGGUAACAUUAAA